AUGCCCUUUACUUAUCCUGCCCUCAUGCUCCUUACCCAUCCCCCUUACACAUGCCCCUUAUCCAUGCUGCCCUCAUGCCCCUUACCCACGCUAGACUCCGCGGACCAAGAGUCUUCAAAGGAAGCCCAAAUCAAGCCAUGUAAGCGCCUCCAAGAGAAGCCCAAUCAAGCGCCUCCAAGAGAAGCCCAAUCAAGCGCCUCCAAGAGAAGCCCAAUCAAGCGCCUCCAAGAGAAGCCCAAUCAAGCGCCUCCAAGAGAAGCCCAAUCAAGCGCCUCCAAGAGAAGCCCAAUCAAGCGCCUCCAAGAGAAGCCCAAUCAAGCCCAAUCAAGCGCCUCCAAGAGAAGCCCAAUCAAGCGCCUCCAAGAGAAGCCCAAUCAAGCCCAAUCAAGCGCCUCCAAGAGAAGCCCAAUCAAGCGCCUCCAAGAGAAGCCCAAUCAAGCGCCUCCAAGAGAAGCCCAAUCAAGCGCCUCCAAGAGAAGCCCAAUCAAGCCCAAUCAAGCGCCUCCAAGAGAAGCCCAAUCAAGCGCCUCCAAGAGAAGCCCAAUCAAGCGCCUCCAAGAGAAGCCCAAUCAAGCGCCUCCAAGAGAAGCCCAAUCAAGCGCCUCCAAGAGAAGCCCAAUCAAGCGCCUCCAAGAGAAGCCCAAUCAAGCGCCUCCAAGAGAAGCCCAAUCAAGCGCCUCCAAGAGAAGCCCAAUCAAGCGGCUCUCAAAAAGCCCGAAUCAGCCUUAA